UCUCUCUCUCGCUCGCUCGGUAUAAAUGAAGCCCACCACCCGUCAACUUAAAAAUAUUCACAAGGAUUGUUUACGGGUUUAUUUUAUUCUUUCAUUAUUUGUUUUCUAGGUGGCUUAUUCUACCUUGUAAUUCAAAAUCAACUUGGGAAAUUUUGGAAGAUUUGGGAUGAAAUCUGGUCGGAUCUUGAAUCGUUGGACGUGGAUUUUAUUGGGUCUUAUUUCAACGCAAAACUCUUCUUCAUUUAUACUCCUCCUCUUAUAGCUUUCACAAAUCAAGACUUACCAGCUUCUUAACAUCAUCUUCUGCAAUAUUCUCUCCCUUUCUGCUUCUGUGAUUUUGGCUUUUGAUCUUUUGGUCUUUAUUUGGUGCAAUGGGCAUCUCUACGGAGUCGCAGUUUCAUGUUUUGGCUGUUGAUGACAGCCUCAUAGAUAGAAAGCUGAUUGAGAGGCUCCUCAAGACCUCAUCAUAUCAAGUUACUACAGUUGAUUCUGGUACAAAGGCUCUAGAAUUUCUGGGUGUGCAUGAAGAUGACCAAAGCAACUCAGAUAUACCAUCGGUUUCCCCGAACACUCAUCAGGAAGUGGAAGUGAAUCUUAUCAUUACAGACUACUGUAUGCCUGGCAUGACAGGCUAUGAUUUGCUCAGGAAAAUCAAGGAGUCUUCAUCCCUGAGAAACAUACCAGUGGUGAUUAUGUCAUCCGAGAAUGUGCCUUCAAGGAUCAGCAGAUGCCUGGAGGAAGGCGCUGAAGAAUUUUUCUUGAAACCAGUUCGACCAUCAGAUGUUAAUCGGCUUAGGCCCCAUAUAAUGAAAACUAAGCUGAAGGAUCAACAAGAAGAUAAACAAGAAAACAAAGAAGAAGAAUUAGGAAAACCAGAGUUUCAAUCACGAGAAGAAAAAGAAGAACAGCAGCAGCAACAACACCACCAUCUCCAACAACAACAUUCCAAUGGCAACAAGAGAAAAGCCUUGGAAGAAGGGCUUUCUCCUGACAGAACAAGACCCAGAUACAACAACGGCCUCACCACUGUGGUCUGAUGACAAAAAUCAUGGAAAUAGAUUUUCUCCUUCACUCAACAAAUGUAGUUUUUUUUUUUUUUUCAAAUCUAAAAUUUACGCUGGUCAAUACAGGCCCAAUAGAAAUAUUUUGUUCAAUUUUGUUUCGCUAAUUAUAACAAAAAAAAGGAAAAAAAAGAAGGUAAUUUGAUUAAAAAAAAAAAACUUGGUAUCUCAAAUUGUGAGAUUAUUGGAGAAAGUUGAGCGAUAGAUUUGAUUUAUUUUGCUGGGUAUAACACGAACGAAGGCAUUGCAAUUCGAGUCCAAUCUAGCUUCCAUUGAUGGGGAAUACAUCUUUAUACUGCAUUAUUGCU